AAGGACUGUUUAGAGCCCAAUGGCGUAACACUCGCGAGUAAUGGGACUCAUCUGUCACUGAAAUUGAUCCCAAAAAAAGAAGAAAUAAAAGACAUGUUUGUGUUAUGCCAUUGUCCGCAACAAUGUCAGCAUAGAUAUCAUACAACAACAACAACAACAACAACAACAAGUGUUGUCCGUAUUUAUGAUACAUGAAGUCUAUUACCAUUUACUUGUAUUUGACAGGGCAAUGAAGUCAUCAAAUGAGUUGAACGAAAGUUCCGGUGAAUCGGAAGACACUGAAGAAGGAACCAGCGAUGAUAAAAGCAGUUCCGAUAAUAAUAGUAAACCGGAUGACAAUAAGUCUUCAUCUGACUCUUCGUCCUCGUCUUCUUCUUCUACUGAACAAGAAGAAGAAGAGGAACAGAGCAGUGAUGACGAUAAGGCAUCAAACAAACGCAGAGCACCUCAACAGAGGCAAACCAGAUCAAGAACUGGUGGCCGACAAUGCAAUAAUGGAAAGAAUAAGAAAGUGGUGGCCAGUUCUUCAUCAGAUAGCGAAAGUGAUUGGGAAAACAAUAGCAAACAAAGUAAGUCAAAAGGAAAGACAAGAGGACGACAACAGCAAAAGGUUUCAUAUAAGGAACACAGCGAUCACACAGACUCUGAUGAUCUCAUCGAAGUCGAUAAUACCAACUUAGAGGUGGAAGAAGAUACCGGUGAGACCAUUGAACGUAUACUCGAUCACCGUAUGGGCAAAAAGGGUGCCUCAGGCGCUGCGACCACACCCUAUCAGAUCGAAAUCGAUGGCGAUCCCAAUGAUCCGGAUGCUGUCGAAAAGGAACCACAGUUUCUGAUUAAAUGGAAAGGAUGGUCACAUUUGCACAAUACCUGGGAAUCAGAAGAAUCUCUUAAGGAGGUUAAAGCCAAAGGCAUUAAAAAAGUAGAGAAUUAUCUGAAACGAGAAGACGAACUGAAAAUAUGGCGUGAAACCACUGCCAAUCCCGAAGACAUCGACUAUUUCGACUGUCAAGAGGAGAUGGCCACACAAUUACGACAUCUUCAUCUGAAUAUCGAACGAAUUAUUGCCAGUCAACAGCAGAAGAAUAGCGGUUCCGAACAGCCCGAGUAUCUGUGUAAAUGGGAAGGUCUGCCCUAUAUUGAGUGUACGUGGGAAGACGGUUCCCUAAUCGACAAGAAGUUUUCCCAUCAUAUCGACGAAUUCAAUCGGCGGCAAAAGUCUCAACGAAUACCGACCAAAACGUGUCGUGUACUCAAACAGCGGCCAAAGUUUGUCAGCCUAAAAGCCCAACCCGACUAUAUUGGUGGCCCUAAUCAGCUCGAGCUUCGGGACUAUCAAUUGGAUGGAUUGAAUUGGUUGGCCCAUUCCUGGUCGAAACAAAACGGUGUGAUAUUAGCCGACGAAAUGGGUUUGGGAAAGACAAUCCAAACUAUCAGUUUCCUGACCUAUCUGUUCAAUCAGCACAGUCUGUACGGACCAUUUCUAUUAGUAAUACCAUUGUCGACAAUGGCUUCGUGGCAGAAAGAGUUUGAACAGUGGGCACCCGAACUCAAUGUUGUUGUUUAUUUGGGUGACGUUGGCAGCCGUAAUAUGAUCCGUUCGUACGAAUGGUGUCAUCCGGGAAACAAACGACUCAAAUUCAAUGUACUAUUGACCACAUAUGAGAUUCUAUUAAAAGACAAGAGCUUUCUGGGAGCAGUCAGUUGGGCUGUUCUCGGCGUAGAUGAAGCUCAUCGGCUCAAGAAUGAUGACUCACUUUUAUAUAAAACAUUGUUUGAAUUUGACACAAAUCAUCGGUUACUUAUAACUGGUACACCAUUACAAAACUCUUUGCGCGAAUUGUGGGCAUUACUUCAUUUUAUUAAUCACGAAAAAUUUGAUUCGUGGGCCAACUUCGAAGCCGAACACAAAGACAGCGAUAACAAAGGCUAUUCAAAAUUACAUAAACAAUUAGAACUGUUUCUACUAAGACGUGUUAAAAAAGAUGUCGAAAAGUCAUUGCCGGCCAAAGUCGAGCAAAUACUUCGAGUCGAGAUGACAUCCAUUCAAAAACAAUACUAUAAAUGGAUUUUAACGAAAAACUACAGAGCGUUGACCAAAGGCCUCAAAGGCAGUCUUAGCGGUUUUGCCAAUAUUAUGAUGGAAUUGAAGAAGUGUUGCAAUCACGCAAGUCUUGUCCGACCAGUCGAUGAUUUGACUCAUUUGGAACCAUUGCAGCGAUUAAUUCGCGGUUCCGGUAAACUCUUACUACUCGACAAACUGUUGUGCAGACUUCGUGAAACUGGUCAUCGAGUGUUAAUAUUUUCACAAAUGGUCCGAAUGUUAGACAUUUUAGGUGAAUAUCUAUCAUACAGAAGGUUUCCAUAUCAACGACUCGAUGGAUCCAUUAGAGGAGAGAUUCGUAAACAAGCAUUGGAUCACUUCAAUGCCGACGGAUCUCCUGAUUUUUGUUUUUUACUGUCCACUCGUGCCGGAGGCCUCGGCAUUAAUUUGGCCACUGCCGAUACUGUGAUUAUAUUUGAUUCCGAUUGGAAUCCGCAAAAUGAUCUUCAAGCCCAGGCCAGGGCUCACCGAAUUGGCCAAAAAAAUCAGGUGAAUAUCUAUAGGUUAGUGACAAAAGGCAGUGUCGAAGAAGAUAUUAUUGAGCGGGCGAAGAGAAAAAUGGUUUUAGACCAUCUGGUCAUACAGAGAAUGGACACUACGGGUAGAACAGUAUUGUCGAAGGGAGCAGAUUCGCGAUCUAAUUCAACGCCGUUUAAUAAGGAAGAGUUGACAGCUAUUAUUAAAUUCGGUGCCGAAGAUCUUUUCAAAGAUAAUGAAGAAGAUGGCGAUGAUCUUCAAUGUGAUAUCGACGAGAUUUUGCGCAGAGCCGAGACUCGCGAAGAGACUGAUGAAGGCCCGCAUACGGUGGGCAACGAACUGUUGUCGGCCUUCAAAAUGGCCAGUUUUAACUUCAACGAAGACGACGACGUCAGUGCAUUGAGUUCGCACUCUCCUCGUGUCGACGCAAACAACGAUACGACUAACAGGGAUAAGGAUUGGGAUGAUAUUAUACCUGAAGCCGAUCGCCUGAAAAUCGAAGAAGAGGAGCGACAAAAGGAAAAUCUUGAAAUGUUUUUACCGCCAAGAAAUCGUAACAAAGCUCAACAACCCGGACAACAUUCGGAUAGCGGUGAAGAGUACGAUCCCAACAGAUUGAAAGAUAAAGAUGAUGGAAGUGAUGACUCGGAUAACGACGGUAAACCUAAAAGCAGACGCGGCCGACCAAAGGCUGGAUCUAAGGAUUCGAUGCAAGGUUUUACCGAAGUAGAGCUUCGGAAGUUUAUUAAGAGUUUCAAGAAAUUUUCAAAACCUAUGUUGAGAUUGGAAUCGAUAGCCAUCGACGCCGAACUCCAAGAGAAGCCAAUGGCUGAUCUCAAGCGAAUUGCAGAGAUAUUACAAACGGGUUGUGAGAAUGCAGUCAAAGAGCACAACGAAAAGCUGAUCAAUGAGAAGGACAACGAAGAGAAUCAGGCUGUAGUGAUCGUCAGCAAGAAGAACAACAGAGGACCUAACUUUAGGUUAGGAGCUGUGACUGUAUUUCCGAAGAAUAUCCUUUCGUGUCAGAAGGAGUUGGAACCGUUGGACAUACUGUUGCCGCCGACUCUCGAGGAGAAGAAAAGAUGGCUAUUACAAGGAAAAGUGAAGGCUGCGCACUGGGAUGUCUUAUGGGAUAUUGAAGACGACUCGCGACUGUUAGCCGGCGUUCAUGAGUAUGGGUUCGGCAGUUGGGAAGCCAUCAAAAUGGAUCCGUCCUAUGGUUUAGCAGAUAAAAUUUUGUCCGACGGUAACCAAACGCCGCAAUCAAAACAAUUGCAGACAAGAGUCGAGUAUUUACUGAAGUUUAUGCAAAAGCUGUUAAUAGCUCAGCGACUGCAAGACGAGGCACAGAAACCACGACUGAAGAAGCAAACAAAAGCCAAAAUCGAUGGCAAAACUAAAGGUUCGAUUGAUUCCAAAGGAGGUAACGAUUCCAAGAGUAGUAAGAAACACAACAAAUCCGAUAAAAAGACAAAAUCGGAUAAAAAGAGUAAUAAAGAACAUAAAAAAGAUAAGAAAGAAAAGAAAAAGAAAAAACGCGAUUCAGAUGGCAAAGGAAGCGGCGGAGGAGGUCUGUCGUCGGUGUUGAGCGAAAUUACCGACGAUUUAGAACCGAAGAUAUUCGAAGAAUGCAAGGAAAAGAUGAGACCCGUAAAGAAAUCGCUGAAAGCAUUAGAUAAACCAGAUCUUAGUCUAACGAAAUCCCAACAGAAGACAAAUGAAAGUCAAUUGUUGUCAGCAAUUGGCGCCCGAAUUGAUGAGUGUUUGCGUGAGUUAGCGUCCGAUUCAACCAAAGCUCGCGAAUGGCGUAACUAUUUGUGGACUUUUGUGUCGAAAUUUACUGAAUAUCCGCCAAAGAAAUUGUAUAAACUUUACAAACGAUUAAAUAAAGACAAACAAAAGGAUUCGGACGGCGGCGGUACUGCCGGUGGCGGACACAGUUCACGACGUGACAGACACGACAAACAUUUCAAUAGUAAAUCAUCGCUGAAUAGUAGUCCACACAACACGACUAGUAGUGGUGGUUAUCCGCCUAUAAAACGAGAAUCUUCUGCUGAUUAUAUGAUGUCCAAUAAGAUGAUAAAACGUGAAGACUAUGCGUCAUACGAUUUGAAAGCUUCCAACAAUAUGUAUGGAAGUAGUGGUAGCGGUGGCGGCGGCGGCGCAAACACUCAAAACUAUCGGAACCAUUCGUGGAAUAAUAAACACGACACGAAUACGUCACGUCCGAUGCCUUAUGAUCGAAGACCACCGCCCGAUCACUACUCGAAGCCGAAAUAUAGUGACCAGACUGACCGUAAACCAUAUAAUAAUAAUUACUCUAACGAUCGCUGGUAUUCAACACAACAAAAUUCAUCGCAAGGUCUCCAGCAUUCGAGUUCAUACGGUGGUAGCAGUAGUAGUCAUUCGCAUACACUUCCGCCGGUUAUGGGCGCCAGUCGUAGUCAUCAACAACAACAACCAUAUGAACAACAGUACGAACAUCACAACUACUCUCACAGUAAAGUAAUUGUUCCCAUCAAUCAACCUAACAGUCAAUAUCAGUCAUCGUCAUUGUCGUCUUCAUCAAACAACUCAUCCAACUAUUUGGGAUCAUAUUCUAACAGUCCUCGAGAUAGUCAGCCAUCCGGUUAUCAACGAAAUCAGAUUAACGAUAGCCAUAAUAAUAAUAAUAAUAAUACUAAUAAUAAUAGCCGCAGAAGUUUUGGUCACAAUAGCGACGGAAAGACAUCAUUGAAUCGAUGACUAGAAAACAACUCUCAAUAAUGAAUAAUAAUAAUUAUUUUAAUAAUAGUAAUAAUAAUGAGACUCUAAUUAUUUGAUAAC